AUGGAAAAAUUUGUGAAUAAUCCAAAAGACGCCGAACGGUUCGAAACUUUCUGCCGACAGCUAGCCGAGUUCACACAAGACUUGGCAAAGGAUCGAGUUGCCCAAGAAAAAGCGAUGAAACAGAUGGCGGCACAACAGUUGAAAGCGGAGAAAGCGUUCAAGGAACGCGUCGCCAAGGAUAGAGCGAAAUUCGCGGCGCAGCGCGCAGAAUUGGAACAGGAGCUCCGUGAGCUGACAGAAAUCAACGAGAAGUUGAUUGCACAGAGAAAGGAGUUGGAGAAAGAGCAAGAUGCGGCUCACGAAGAGCUAAUGAACGAGUUGGACAGAAACGAGGCGGAUUUGGCUGACAAGGAGUGCGGCGAUAAUUUCGAAUCGCUGAUCGACGCGUUCAAUAAACUGUCCUACGAGUCGGUGCUCACAAACAACGUAGACGAGUUGAAAAUCGAGAAAAAGCAACUACAAGUCGCGAUCGCUGAGCAGAAGGCCAAAAUCGCCGAGAUGAUUCCAGCACUCGAGCCAACACACGGAGUAACCUACAAAGAGCGCAACGUGCUUCGUGUCAGCCUUCUCCAUCAAGUGAACAAAGUGCGAAGAGAGUACCAGACAUCACGUCUUCAGGAGGAGGCGUUGAAGGCGAAACUUUCUAAUUGA